AUGGGGGAUCAGCCAAAGGCCGCCGACGUGAUGGCUGACGAAGAACAAACGGAGGAUGGCGAGAAUGAAACGGAAAACGAUGAAGUCGAUACUGAAAGUGACAAAGAAGAGACGGAAGCUGACAAUGCCCAAGAAGAUGAAGAAGUGGAAGAAGAUGAAGGUAGGCGACUAUUUCUAAUAUUGGGUAUGUUACGGUUGAAUAUGUAGUUUUUAAAAAUUCAAUUUGAGGUGAAAGGUACAGGUAUCUGAGACCAAAUCUCUUUCUUAACUAUGAAUAACUCUUCCCAUGCAUCGAUAACUAGAAAUGAUAUUGGCAACACAACAUAAAUCACUCUUCCUGACCGUGAUUGCAAGGCACUAAUUUCCUUCAAUGCUGGAUAGCAGAUGCAUGCACUGCUAGUUCUCUACUCUAACAUCAAAUUAGUGUAGGUUAAAUUGUACCAAGCUAAAGUGAGGCCAAGAUAGAUAUAUAGGUACAUUUUUAGGCUCGUCGCUCGACUGAACUAGUGAGAUUCCUAGAAAUCCUGAUAUUUGACCAUGCAGUACAGUUUGUUAGACCAGUACUGCCGCAUCGGAAUAGCGCUGCAGCAGGUUCUUUUCGGCAGCUUCUUUCCAUGAUCUUGGUUAAGUUAAAUUUAAAGAAAUGUAUAAAAUUAGCUACACCCGAAAUUUCCAUCCACAAAUCCUCCAACAUAUUAUAUAAUAUCUAGCAUAAUUAAUUGAAUUUUCUUUCGAUAAUACACUGCACAAUUAAAUAUAGGAGUUGAUAUAGAAGAAAAAUAUAAACAAUAUAAUUAUCUAUUUUGAAUAAACUUCGUAUAUAUUUAAGAAAUAAACCAAUAAACAAAUAUUCUCCUUUUUUAGACGAAACUACUGAUAUCGCAGAUGACGAGCCCGAGAAACGAG